AUGGCAUCCCAUAAGCUCCGUGAAACGACGGUCUCAGCGCCGGGCAAAGUGCUUGUGGCUGGCGGCUAUCUCGUCCUCGACCCUGCAUACCCUGGUCUCGUUAUUUCAACCUCGUCUCGUUUCUACUGCCAUGCACAGUCUUACACGUUCUCGGCUUCUUCGCAGGAAAGUACACCUGCGACAUGCAUGAUCACGCUACGGUCUCCACAGUUCAUCGACGCUGUCUGGGUAUAUCGUGCUUCUGCCGUGUCAGCACCACCUUCUCAGGACAGCAAGAGAGAGGCUCAAGCAGACCAACACUGGAUCCUCGAGCAAACAGCUGAAUCGCAAGCUAAAGCUGGACGCAACCCCUUCGUCUCACUCGCUCUAGCAUAUACCCUUCGACUAGCAGCCGAACUCAAGGGCUCAGAUGAGCUCGAAUCGCUCUUCCGCCGAACAGGGCCGCAAGGCAUCGAAAUCACCGUCGCAGCAGACAACGACUUUUACUCACAGCGAGAGACUCUCAACCUUUCCGAAGGCACAGCACCCACACUCGAACAGCUCAAGCAGCUGCCACCCUUCUCACCACAGAAGUGCCGCAUUGCUAAUGUGCACAAGACUGGCCUAGGAUCGAGUGCGGCUAUGACCACAUCGCUGGUUGCGUGCUUCUUGCUUCACUUGCAAGCUGUGUUACCCGACCGACCCAGUUCGGUUGAAACGGAAGACUUGGCUCUGAUUCACAACCUCGCGCAACUUGCACACUGUGCAGCACAGGGCAAAGUCGGAUCAGGAUUCGACGUCAGUGCUGCUAUCUGGGGAAGCCAGCUAUACCGACGCUUUGAGCCCAAAGUGUUGCAAUCCUGCCUAGACGAAGGCGAGAAGGUGCUAAGGGAAGGGGAGGAGGACGAGGAGCAGCGUGGUGCUAGGCUAGCAGCGAGAACGGAGCUCUUACCUGUUCUAGAUCCGUACAACCCGCUGUGGAAGCCUUCGUCUCUUUUAGCAAGCAGCGCAGAAGAGGUUCAGUCCACAGCUACGGAAGGUCUGGUUGCGUCCGACAGCGAGCACAAUGUACCCAAGCCUGCGCCGCUACAGCUACCUCCUGCACUUGAUCUUCUCCUUGUCGACGUUGAUGCCGGGUCUAACACACCAAGCUUAGUCUCCAAAGUGUUAGCAUGGAGGAAAGAGAAGCCAGAAUGGGCCAAGCAGCUGUACAACGUCAUUGCGUCCUCGAACCAAGGUCUGGCCGACAACCUACUCCGACUGCGUCUGUUGCAUGCUUCAGAUGCUGCCACUUAUGAAAAGCUCAUCGACUCCGCCGCCACCAAGCUCUCCACCGCUUGGGAUGCGGAGCUCAAGUGCCUACCCCAAGAAGAAGAAGACGAGACCUCGGUAAUCGAUCUCCGAGUCACCCCGCGCACAGUGCUCCAAGCUCUCAUCGACAUGCGCAACAGCCUGCGCUCGAUCCGUGCAGGUAUGCGAGAACUCGGUCAGCGUGCCGGUGUGCCAAUCGAGCCUCCUGAGAUCGGUAGCUUGAUCAAGAAGAUCAGUGAUGAAGUGCCUGGUGUGGUUGGAGGAAGCAUUCCUGGUGCAGGUGGAUUCGAUGCUUUCUACAUCAUCUACCUUAAGAGCUCGGAAAGUCCACUUGAAAUGUCGCAGCUUUGGCAGCAGAUUCAUCAUGUGAAGGAGAAGGCUGAGUCUAAGCUGACACUAGGACCGCUGCUCUCUCGUGCCGGAGGAGCGAAGACGACUGGGGAUGAGGCGGUGGAUGUACAUGGUGCAAGUGGAGAUGCAGGGCCCGUAUCGGGACUGCUGAACAAGUUGAAGGCUUCCGAACACGCUGGUCAAGACUUCGGACUCAGAUUGGAGAAGGUAGAGAACAUUGUUGGUUUGAGGGAGGCUCUCGUUCGAUGA